AUGGAAAAGGAGGAAAAAUCGAUUGAUCUUGUAAGGAAAAAGAGAAUAAUUUUUGGCUGGAAACCUCCUCCUAAAGACUGGGUUAAAUGUGAUAUUGGGUUUGCUUGGAACAAGACUACAAAUGAAAGUGGUGCUUCUUGGAUCCUAAGGAAUAGUGAUGGGAAAACUCUCCUUCAUGGUAGAAGAUCUUUUGUGAAUAUACAUAAUAUGUUGGAUGCAUCUUUGGAGAGCUGGUUAUGGGCUAUGGAAAGCUUUAGGAGUUUGCAUUUUAACUCCAUAAUCUUUACAAGCGAAGACAAGGACCUCAUUGCAGCAAUAUCCAAACCUCAUGCUUGGUCCUCUCUCAAAUUCUACUCUCAAACGAUUUCUUUGCAUCUCCAUCAUUUUUUGGACUGGCAGGUACAAUUUGUUCCUCGCUCUGUUUUCAAAGGAGCUUUCCUUAUUGCAGACAGUGUAAUUCAAGGGGAUCGCUUCCAAUCUUACAUCGCUGCAGGCUACCCAUGUUAG